AAUUUUUUAUUUAAAUAAAAUUCAACUAAAAUAUUAAAAUUAAAAUUCCAAAUUAAACAAAUUAAAUUAAAUUUAAAAUUUCUAAUUAAAUCAAAUAAAUAAAAAAAUAAAUAAAGUCAUUACAUAAAUGUUAUCAAUAAUUGAAAUUUUAGUAAAUAUUUUUAGUAAAUUUAAUAAAUUAGGUAAAUUUUUUGUGAAUGUUCCUGCGUACCAUAUAUCGUUUCCUACCGUGUUGCAACGAACAAGAUAUGAAUCAAUCUGUUACGAACAAAAUUUUACCACCUACGGAAGAUGAACCUCAUUAUGAUAAAAUAGCUAUAUUGGAUGCUGGUGCUCAGUACGGAAAAAUUAUUGAUAGAAGAGUAAGAGAACUGAAAGUUAAAUCAGACAUUUUACCAUUAGAUACAUCUGCCUUAGCGUUAAAAGAAAGUGGCUAUCAGGGUAUUAUUAUCUCAGGAGGUCCAAAUUCAGUUUAUGCAGAAGAUGCGCCCGCUUAUGAUCCUGAUAUAUUUAAAGCAAAAAUUCCUAUAUUAGGUAUAUGUUAUGGAAUGCAAUUAAUUAAUAAAGAAUUCGGUGGUACUGUUAUCAGAAAAGAUAUACGUGAGGACGGUCAACACAAUAUUGAAGUAGUAACUACAUGCCCACUUUUUCAUCGAUUACAACAAUUCCAAACUGUUUUAUUAACACAUGGAGAUAGCAUUGAUAGAGUUGGAGAUAAAUUAAAAGUAGCUGCCAAAUCACAAAAUAAUAUUGUCGCUGCCCUAUACAAUGAACAAUUAAGAAUUUAUGGUGUUCAGUUUCAUCCUGAGGUUGAUUUGACGGUAAAUGGGAAGGAAAUGCUCUCUAAUUUUUUGUUUGGUAUAUGUGGCAUAAAUCCAAAUUUUGGCAUUAGUAAUCGGAAAAGUGAUUGCAUUAAAUAUAUUAACGAAAAAGUUGGUAGUAAUCGUGUUUUGUUGUUAGCUAGCGGUGGUGUUGAUUCGACCGUAUGUGCAGGACUUUUAAAAACCGCAUUAGAUCCAUCACAAUUAAUCGUCGUUCACAUAGAUAACGGUUUCAUGCGAAAAAAUGAAAGCGAAGAAGUUGAGCAAUCUCUUAAAAAAAUGGCUAUUGAUGUAAUAGUGAAAAAAGCUUUUUACCAGUUUUUUAAAGGAACAACCACAAUAAAAAAACCAGGGCAACUGUAUAAUAUUGAAACACCAAUGCUUUGUUAUACAACAAAUCCGGAAGAAAAAAGAAAAAUUAUCGGAGAUGUUUUUAUGAAAGUAACAAAUGAAGUACUAAAUGAAUUAAAAUUAAAUCCAGAUGAGGUUUUCAUAGCUCAAGGUACUUUACGGCCUGAUUUAAUUGAAUCUGCAUCGCAUUUAGCUAGUUCGAAUGCGGACGCUAUCAAAACACAUCACAAUGAUAGCGCAAUGGUUAGAGCUUUGAGAGAAGCUGGUCGAGUUGUAGAACCUUUGGCUGAUUUUCAUAAAGAUGAAGUUAGAGAAUUAGGUUAUGAAGUAUAUUUGCCACGACAUCUACUUGAAAGACACCCAUUUCCUGGGCCGGGCUUAGCUAUAAGAAUAAUUUGUGCUGAAGAGCCGUAUAUGGAAAAGGAUUUUUCUGAAACGCAGGUAAUAGCAAGAGUUAUAGUAGAUUAUAAAAAUAAAUCGCAAAAGAAUCACGCUCUUUUAACUCGGGUAUCCGAUUCAACAACAAAAGAAGAACAACAAGAAUUACUAAGAAUCUCAAGUAAUUCGCAAAUAAUGGCAACUGUAUUACCUAUUCGAAGUGUUGGAGUACAAGGUGAUAAAAGAACAUAUAGUUACGUUUUAGGCUUAUCAAGUGAAACAGAAGUUAAUUGGAAUGAUAUGAUUUUUUUGGCAAAAUUGAUACCACGUAUAUUACACAAUAUUAAUAGAGUUUGCUAUAUAUUCGGAGGUCAUGUACAAUUUCCAGUUAUUGAUAUUACACAUACUAGAAUCUGUCGUCAAGCGUUAGCACAAUUAAGACAAGCAGAUUACAUCGCUACUGAUAUUCUCCAAAAAGCAGAAUGUGUUAGAAAAAUAGCCCAAAUGCCAGUUGUUCUUAUACCAAUUCAUUUUGAUAGGGAUCCAGCAAACCGAUUACCAUCGUGUGCGAGAUCGAUUGUGUUAAGGCCAUUUUUAACGAGUGAUUUUAUGACUGGAGUGCCGGUUAUUCCAGGUUCAGAGCAAUUACCAAUGAAUGUUCUCGAAACUAUGGUUCGGGAAAUAUCAGCAGUAGAAGGCAUUUCAAGAGUGUUGUACGAUUUAACAGCAAAGCCACCGGGUACUACUGAAUGGGAAUGAUUUUAUUUUUAUUUUGUCUCAGUUUUAACCAAAAUUUCUAAACAAAAAGAGGAAAAGAAAAAAACCAACAAAUUCUCUUAUAUAAAAUAUAUUACAACUUUUUAAAUUAAAACCUUCUACAAACAAAAAUGAAUCGAUUUACACCAUAUUCAUUUAAAAUGAUUUUUAUUUCUUAUUUUUUAUUUUAUUUUUAAAUACAACGCGUUAAAACUUCCGUUUGGAAAAAAAAAACCCUCUUUCAAGCAAAAAAAAGUGUCGCACGAAAUUUGAUUAAAUAUUUUAUCAAAUUUUUAAAUUUUUUUGAAACAAAUUUUUGUAUUAAUUCAGUUUUUAUAUUUCAAUAAAAGGCAAAUGAUUAUGGUAACCACUUUAUAACUACAAUUAUUAAGUAUAUUA